AGUUCAACAGAUGGUUUAAGCCAUCAUUGAAACCCUCAUUGGAGCAAACAAACAAUUGCUUCAAAAAUGGGGAUUCUUGGAAAUGAAAAUAUCCAACAUAGGAAGCAAGCGGCGCAGGGAGGAAGACGAGCAACUCUGUUUGUUUAUGCGAUGACAGGCCUGGAGACAAUGACGUUCCUUGCGAACGGAGUAAGCUUAGUGACAUACUUUUACGGUUACAUGAACUUUGGCUUAACCAAGUCAGCGACAACACUUACAAACUUCAUGGGGACUGCAUUUCUACUCUCGUUAUUCGGAGGAUUCAUCUCAGACACUUACUUGUCUAGGUUUAAAUCGUGCAUCGUCUUUGCAAGCUUAGAGAUACUGGGGUACACGCUGCUAGCAGUUCAAGCACACAUGAAACAAUUGAGGCCCUUCCCAUGCAAAGAUGUGGAUCCAACCAAGGGCAUCGAGUGCGAAUCAGCGAGCGACAACCAAGAGGCGAUCCUGUUCACAGGGCUCUACUUGGUAGCAUUGGGCGUUGGAGGGAUCAGGGCUGCUGUGCCUGCUCUUGGAGCAGAUCAAUUCGAGGAAGACGACACGGCUUCCCUUUCGAGCUUUUUCAACUGGUACAUGUUCUCGGUCACAGUCGGUGCAUCCUUUGGCGUCACAUUUUUGGUGUGGAUAAGUACCAACGAGGGAUGGGAUUGGUCGUUCGGAGUGUGUGCCCUGGCUGUUGCAGUGUCUAUUCUGUUCCUCUCUAUGGGCAGAUCAUCUUAUCGGACCAAUGUGCCAAAAGCUACGAGCCCGUUAGCCAGAAUACUACAGGUAUUGGUAGUAGCUGUUAGAAACAGGAAGCUACCUGCACCAGAUAUGGCACAAGAGCUUCAUGAAGUUCAUGACAAGGAAGUAGGAAACAAGGAUGUUCUUCAGAGGACUGAUCAGUUCAAGUAUUUGGACCGUGCAGCAAUCCCGAGGAACUUAGAAGAUGCAGAUCCAUGGAGGGUGUGCACAGUGACACAAGUGGAAGAGACAAAGAUCUUGAUCAGGAUGCUACCAAUCAUAGUGAGUACUAUUUUCAUGAACACAUGCUUGGCACAGCUCCAGACAUUCACAAUACAGCAAAGCAUGACAAUGGACACAAGCUUAGGAAGUUUCCAAGUCCCAGCGCCCUCAAUCCCAGUCAUCCCCCUUGUGUUCAUGGCCAUACUUCUCCCAAUCUACGACCGUUUCUUCGUUCCACUGGCACGGAAGGUGACAGGCAUCCCCACAGGCAUCACACAGCUCCAAAGGGUUGGAGUUGGGCUGGUCCUCUCGAUAAUCUCCAUGGCGGUGAGCGGGGUGGUCGAGACACGCAGGAAGAGGGUGGCUGUUGAGCACAACAUGGUGGACUCAGCGGGGCCUUUGCCAAUGAGCGUGUUCUGGCUCGGAAUACAGUAUGCUAUAUUCGGGAUGGCGGAUAUGUUCACUGUGGUGGGACUGCUGGACUUCUUCUACGCAGAGAGCUCGGCUGGGAUGAAGUCCCUGGGAACGUCGAUCUCGUGGUGCUCGUUGGCAUUCGGGUACUACACCAGCACUGUGGUGGUGAAUGUGGUGAACAAGGUCAGCGGGGGUUGGCUGUCUACUAACAAUCUCAACAGGGACAGAUUGGAGUAUUUCUACUGGUUGCUCGCGCUUCUGAGCCUCCUCAAUUUUGGUUUCUAUUUGCUAUGCGCCUCCUGGUACAAGUACAAGAAGCUGGAAAUGGAGAAAACAGAUGAUAGAAUUGAUAUCACUGUUAGUAGGAAAUCCAGCCACUAAAAUGUGUUAUAUAUGGAGAUACAUCCAUCGUUACCCACCAAAAUAAAUCAUCACCACAUGGAUUAUAUAUAGCUCAAACUUUGAUCCUAUAGUGAUUUAUAAGACAGAGCUUAAAACGUUACAAAUAUAGCAUGUAAACUAUCUCCAUUGUUCACUUAGUAGCGGGCUAGUUAGGAGCCCCUACUUUUAUUCAUGACUUCACCCCAUGACGGAGGAGCUAUCUAUAAGACACUAGGAAAUGAAUUAAAAAAAACUAAGAAUCCAA